AUGCGGCCCUUCACUUCUGUUUUCGUUGCAGCUGAGCUGAAGGAGAAGCUAGAAUCAGAAGUGGAGAAAAAUGCCCAGCUAAUUGAGACCUUGAAGCGAGACUGGGAGUCAGAGAGAGAAUUAUGCUUAGAGAAUCUGCGCAAAGAAUUAUCUGAAAAGCAUCGGUCAGAACUGGAGAAUUUACAGAGCCAGUUUAAGAAGGGACUGGCAGAGCAGAAGGCUGAGCUGGAGAAGGUUUCUGAAGCCAAAAGUCAGGCUGAAUGUGCCCUCCAGGACCUGGAGACUCGGCACCAGGCAGCCCUCCGGCAGUUACAGGAAGAGUUACAGUCUCAGCAUUGCCAGUCCUUGGAAGACCUGGGGCUGAAACACAAAGAAAAGGAAGAGGAAAAACAGCUCGAGGUAGGCAGAGCUCACUCUCGUUUAAUCAUUUGGUUUGCAGGGAGGUUUGAAAAGAUUUGGGAAUUGGGCCGUUUCACAGUCUGUUGUUAGCUAAAACUUAGGUACUAAAUGUAAAGAAACGUCCGGCCGCCAGCCGACCUGGUAGGU